CUGAAUUUCGCUUUCACCGAAAAAACUUCACUUUCCUGAACAUAAAGAUAUCAGUGGUCUGUUUGUUUCUGACUCGUAAGGUUGAUGGAUGCAGAGGGAGACAAAUACAAUAUGAUAAAUUUUGAAGAAACCGAGUUGCGACUCGGCCUCCCUGGCGAGUCACAACUCAAGAGCAGUGGUGGAAAGAGAGGUUUCUCAGAGACAGAUACUGUGGAUUUGAAGCUUAAUCUUUCUUCCAAUAACGACUUGGGUUCUGCCUCAGUUUCACCCUCAUCUGUGGCUGCAGACAAGGUUAAAGAGAAAACUUCUGCUGCUACUACUACUGCAGAUCCUCCUCCUCGCUCUAAUGACCCAGCAAAACCACCUGCGAAGGCACAAGUUGUGGGUUGGCCACCAGUUCGAUCCUUCAGAAAGAACAUAGUGAAUGUUCAAAGGAACAGCAACGAUGAAGCAAAGAAGACUAGCACUGUCACUGUCGCCGCCACCACCAGCAACGGCGCCAACAGUGGAGGAGCAUUCGUGAAGGUGAGCAUGGAUGGUGCACCAUAUCUACGCAAGGUGGACCUGAAGUUGUACAAAAGCUAUAAAGAGCUGUCAGAUGCGCUGGCUAAAAUGUUCAGCUCAUUCACCGUUGGCAAAUGUGGGUCCCAAGGCAUGAAGGACUUUAUGAAUGAGAGCAAAUUGAUAGACCUUUUGAAUGGCUCUGAUUAUGUACCCACAUAUGAAGACAAAGACGGAGACUGGAUGCUCGUGGGUGACGUGCCUUGGGAAAUGUUCGUUGAAUCAUGCAAGCGCCUACGCAUAAUGAAAGGUUCUGAGGCAAUCGGGCUAGCGCCAAGGGCAGUGGAAAAGUGCAAGAACAGAAGCUGAAGUCAUUUGCUUGUUCCGUAAACAAUCUGCUUGGUUGUUCAUCGAUGUCACAAGGAAGCAAUUGGCUCGAGCAAGGUCGAGUCUGAUAUAGGAAUAAGAGUUUUAUUAUUAUAUUAUUAUUAUUAUUAUUUUGAUUUUUAUGUAUCUGUCCUAUCUUCUUGUAAUUUUCUUAUAUGUGUAUUAUAUGAAUGAGAAAAUAGUUGGAAAUUCAUUAGGGACAAGAAAUAAUAUAGGAGAUGUAAUUAUAUGAAUAUGACCCCCGUUUUUGUUUCCAAGGGAAAAAAAGUACGACUUUGUCCAUUGCCUGUGUGCUUGACUAAUGAUAAUAUAUGGCAAUGUUUCCAGUUAUCAUAACUGGUUUUUGUCCCCUCCAAUUUUUAAAUUGUAAGUGACCACAUGU